AUGGAUGAGCUCGAAUCAAUUAAAAGUGCUGCAUCCCCCGCCGCUCGUCGUCAUCCAGAAGACGUCGACUCGGAUGAUUAUAGUGACCAAGAAGAUUCUCACUUAAACCACGAAGACGGAAAAGACGAAGACGGCGACGACGACGAUCCAGACGAUAUUAAAAUAACUGGUGUAGGACUUUCUAGAGAUAUGCCAUCCUUUAAGCAUACAUCGAAGCUUUCGCUGUCAGGGUCAUUCCAGACUGGUGUUAAAGGAGUUCUCGCAGAUGCUGUUUCUUUUGAGUCUGCCAGGCGACGGGAACGUACGGCCAGAGCAUCUCCGGGUCAAUACGCGGGCUAUACUGAGCCCGCAAUCGCUGUUUCGCCUCCAAAACGCCGGGAAAGUGAUGGGGAGAGCGGCAGUGACGACGAUUUUGUGAAGACAUGGCGGAAAAACCGAUUGGCGGAACUUAAAACAGGUGUUGCGACCACAAGGAGGCAGUCUCCAAGUAAACGAAAGUAUGGAAAGGUUGAAGCUGUGGAUGCAGCGGGCUACUUAGAUGCUGUCGAGCGCGUCUCAUCAGAAACUAUUGUUGUUGUGACAAUCUACAAUGAUUCGUCAUCAGAAAGUCAGUUCGUAGAAGACUGCUUUAAUACACUGGCCCGCCGCUAUCUCACAACUCGAUUCGUCAAGCUUCAUUACCGAGAAGCCGAGUUUGAUCCCGAAGUCGUGCCCGCCGUACUUGCUUACAAGGGUGGUGAAUUAUUCGCGAACCUUGUAAGGAUUGUGGACGAGAUUCCACCAGGCAGAAGUUUGAGCACCGAUAGCUUGGAGCUGGUUCUCCGAAGGGCAAAUGUCUUACACGCGGAUUAG